AUGAACAGUCAAAAUUUGCAAAUAAGUGAAUGGCCAAUACCACAAGCUUCUCCAUCUUAUUCAAAAAAUUUAUUCAAAAGGACAAGUGAAAAUAAAAUAUUUCCAACUAACACUUCUACAACAAAUGUUAAUCAAAAUGAAAAAUCUCUAUCUCAAAAUACAUUCAUAACAAAUCAAACAUUCUUUCCAAUUGUUCUUGGUGUAUUAUUGGGUACUCUCACGUCUGGUUUAGUUUUAUCUGUUGUGACUACAGUUUGGUUAACAUCUUCAACUCAAACAUCAACGACAACUGUAUCAACAAUUGCAGGAACAUCAAUUACACGUAAUGUAUCAUUUUCAUUUAUUAAAAUUUCGUAUAAACAAUGUAAGACGUUCUCUCAAAAAUGGACAAUCACUGGCACUUUAAAUAAUGCCCGAUAUUAUCAUACAGCAUCUGUAUUAACUAAUGGACAAGUAUUAAUAACUGGUGGACAGAGUAUUAAUGGUAAUUUAAGUAGUGCCGAGUUGUAUGAUUCAUCAACAGGAAUGUGGACAGCCACUGGUAGUAUGAAUUAUGCUCGAUAUUAUCAUACAGCAUCUUUGUUAACCAAUGGAAAAAUUUUAGUUACCGGUGGGUUAGGUAGCAGUGGUAUUUUAAGUAGUGCUGAGUUAUAUACUUCAUCAACAGCAGCGUGGACAGUCACCGGUAGUAUGAAUUAUACUCGAUAUUAUCAUACAGCAUCCGUAUUAACAAAUGGAACAGUUUUGGUUACUGGUGGACAGAUUGGAGGUACUUUUACACAUAGUACUGAGUUAUAUAAUCCAUCAACGGGUUCAUGGACAACUGGUAAUAAUAUGAUUUAUGCUCGAGGUUAUCAUACAGCAUGUGUAUUGACAAAUGGUAAAGUGUUAGUUAUUGGUGGAUAUACUGGUAGUAAUGGUUAUAUGACCAGUACUGAGUUAUAUGACCCAUCAACAGGAGUAUGGACAACCAAUGGUACUUUGAAUUAUGGUCGACGUUAUCAUACAACAUCUUUGUUAAAUAAUGGACAAGUAUUAGUAACUGGUGGGCAGAGUACUAAUGGUUAUUUAAAUAGUGCCGAGUUGUAUGAUCCAUCAACAGGAAUAUGGACAGUUACUGGUAAUAUGAAUUAUGUUCGAUAUUAUCACACAGCAACUCUAUUAACCAAUGGAAAAGUUUUAGUGACUGGUGGACUUAGUAAUAGUAGUAGUUAUUUAAAUACUGCUGAGUUAUAUGAUUCAUCAACAGGAACAUGGACAAUCACUGUUAGUAUGAAUUAUAGUCGAUAUUAUCAUACAGCAUCUCUAUUAACCAAUGGAAAUGUUUUAGUUACUGGUGGAUAUGUUACUAGUGGCAAUUAUUUAAAUAUUUCAGAGUUAUAUCAACCAUAA